UGAACGUUUGCUAGUCGGCUAGUAUCGGAGCAGCAGUCAACAUUAGUAUCAGCGCACGUGCUAACGUUAAACGUUUUAAAAAAACUAAAUGCGUAACAUGUAGCGCGCUAUUAGCUACCGCUACUUUAUUCAUUUGAAAUGGCUGAAACGGAAGGUUCAGCGCGGAGAGGAGUUCUGGACUUCAGUCCAGUAAGGAGAGACAACGCUAACAAGGAAAACGAUGUUCCAGUUUUGAUCCUGACCCUGUUUUCAAAGGCUCCCUUUGUGACAUUCGGAUCGGUGAAGAUGGGCACCUCCAAGUCUGUUGUUCUGCGCAUCGAGAACCCCACGGAGGACGCGGAGGCGGAGGUUACUGUUGAGAAGAUCCCCUCGAGUAAAGGCUUCUCUGUGGACCGCAACACGUUCACGAUCCAGCCGGAGGACUCAUUCAGUUUGACGGUAACAUGGACUCCGACAGAAGAAGGUGGGAUCAGAGAGCUCAUCCUCUUUAAUGCCAACGGGCUCCUCAAACACCAGGCUGUGCUGCUGGGGAGAGCAGAAGCACCCAAAAAGAAAAAGAAAAGCUUAUGGGACACGAUCAAAAACAAAAGGGAGGGUGAAAAAGUAGCCGCACCAAGGAGAAUGAAGACAGGACAACCAUUGAAGAUGGCCGCCAAUAAAACCUUCCAAGUGUCCCGAAAGCCGCAGUACAAACGGGAAAAGCCACGCAGCCCGCUCGCCUCUCUCAAUGAGGGCAAAGCCGUCAGAGAGAGAUCCGUCUCCAAGCUCAGUCCAGCCGACGAGUACUUUCGGAAAUCGGAUGAGAUGAAGGCCUUGAAUUCCACCCAGAGGCAACGGUCUCUGGCUUUGUCGGUCCAGGAGAACGUCCAUCGUCUUCAGAGGAACUCUCCUCUUGUCCUGCUCGUCCCAGCCGGAAAGCCGAUGGACUCUGGCCACAUGUCUGCAAGCCCAGACGCAAACCAACCCGACAGCAAAGAGCUCCCCAAAAUGCUCAACAGGACGCUGUCACCUGUCGGGACGCCCGACGUGUUUAAGAAGCUCAUGCCACGUAUUCAGUCAGAUGGCCCACUGUCUGCAAAUAAUGUGGCCGAUGCCGGCGGUGCGCUAACUGGCCCCCCGGUUCCCUCUUUGAAAGAUGCACUGGCCCUCAUUGACUCUGAUCUGAGCCACAUUAACGCCAGUCCUCGGGACACUAGUUCGAGCUGCAGCUUUUCAGAUUCACUAGAGUCCAAGAGUGGGAAUCACGGCCGUGGAGCUGACGGAAAUGUCCUCAAGGCGUUACCCGACAGCCUGCAGGGGUCCGAGUCCAGUGAGCUGAGACUUACGUUCUUUGUCAGCAAAAAAGUUGUUUGUUCAGACAACGAUGACGCGAUGGCAGGGUUCAAAAAGGCCUCUUUUACCUCUGCCACGGUGACCAAGAGCAGGGCACCAGUGGAGGCAAACCAUUCGAGUGGAAGGAAAAUAAAGAAGUCAAGGCGACGGCUUUUGGAGAAAACACUCGAGCUGUCUGACGACAGCAGUCGGUGCGAGUCUGGACCGGUCACUCCGAGCCUUCCCGUCAUAGACCCCGACACAGAAACCGAGGGAGGGCAAAGCUUCCAGAUAGAUAACAGACAUCAAGUCCAGGAAGCUGCUUCCUCCAGCCUGACUCUGCGGCCCGUCUGCUCGCCCACACCCGUCACCUUCCCCGUCACCUCCCCCCCAUCUAUGGCCCCGGCUCGCUUCUCUUUCCCAGCCACUUCCACGCCUCCUGCGGCCUCUGCUUCCGUCACUUUUGCAGUCACCCCGCUACCGUCGCCCCUGGGCUCAUCCUCUCCCCUGCACAGCAGCUUCACGCAGCACGCGUCUCGGACUCUGUCGGUGCCUCUGUUUGUCCAGGAAGACUCAUUUCCCAUUCACGUGGCCGCGAAGAGCAAGAAGAGGAAGAGCGAGGAGUAUUUGAAGAGCGAGGACGCCGGGAAAGCGGAGCGCGUCAAAAGGAGCAGGGUGGUAGCCGGAAAAACUGAGCCGCCACGGUCAGCGCAGGAGAGGAGAAGUGCAUCACAGAGGCCACAGCCGAGGGCAGCAGACUCUGUGCGAUCAAUGACUUCAUCCUCUCUAAAGACUGCGAGGUCUGUGCUUCCUGCCCAGGCAAAGCAAUCGAGCUCCAGACUCUCCUCACGAGGGUCGUGUGUUAUUUCAUCUGUUAAGACUGCAAAAGUGGUUGCUGUUGCGCAGUCAAAAUUGACCUUUAUUAAGCCGACGCAAACAGCUAUACCGAGACACCCAAUGCCAUUUGCUGCCAAGAACAUGUUCUAUGAUGAGAGGUGGAUCGAGAAGCAGGAGAGGGGAUUCACGUGGUGGAUCAACUACGUCCUCACCCCGGACGACUUCAAAGUCAACACCGAAGUGGCUAAAGUGAGUGCUGUGUCCCUUGCCAUUGGCAGCGAUGACAAGUACAGUGUGCCUAAAGCUCCCACCAAAGAGGAGAUGUCUUUCAGCACCUACACGGCCCGACGGAAGCUGAACCGCCUCCGUCGUUCUGCCUGCCAGCUGUUCACGUCUGAGGCCAUGAUCAAGGCCAUUCAGAGGCUCGAGCUGGAAGUGGAGUCCAAGGGGCUGCUCGUCCGAAAAGACCGCCAUCUUUGGAAGGACAUAGGUGAACGCCGAAAAGUCCUCAACUGGCUUCUUUCGUACAAUCCGCUGUGGUUACGGAUUGGGCUCGAGACGAUCUUCGGGGAGUUGAUCUCACUGGAGAGCAACAGCGACGCCUUGGGUCUGGCUAUGUUCAUCCUGCAGCGGCUGCUCUGGAACCCAGACAUCGCUGCUCAGUUCCGACACGCCAAAGUGCCGAACCUUUACAAAGACGGCCACGAGGAGGCGCUGUCUCGCUUUACUCUGAAGAAGCUGCUGCUGCUCGUGUGUUUCCUGGACAAAGCCAAAGAGUCACGGCUGAUUGAGCACGACCCCUGUCUGUUCUGCUUGGAUGCAGAGUUCAAGACGAGUAAAGACCUGCUCCUGGCCUUCGCCAGGGACUUCCUGAGCGGGGAAGGGAUCCUCUCCCGGCAUCUCGGCUACCUGGGGUUACCCGUCUCCCACGUUCAGAAGCCCCUGGACGAGUUCAACUUCGCUGUGAAGAAUUUGGCAGUUGAUUUGAAAUGCGGCAUUCGUCUAGUGCGUGUGAUGGAGCUCCUCAUCCAGGACUGGAGUUUGUCAGCCAAGCUCCGUCUGCCAACCGUCAGCCGCCUGCAGAAGGUCCACAACGUCGACAUGGCUUUGCAAGUGCUCAAAAGCAAAGGGGUCGACCUCAACGAUGAACACGGCUCCGACAUUGAUUCCAGAGACAUCGUGGAUGGACACAGAGAGAAGACGCUGAGCCUCUUGUGGAAGAUCAUCUUUGCGUUUCAUGUGGAGGUGAUUUUGGACGAGGAUCAGCUGAGGGAGGAAAUUGGCUUCCUGAAGAGAACCUUGAGGACCAAACGGAGGCUGGUGUCUCUGAGGGCCGAUCGGGGCCUUCAGCCGAGUCCUUCAAGGACCAGGGUGCCGUAUGAACACAGCAGCACUAAGAUCACCCUGCUGAUGGAUUGGGUCCGAACUGUGUGUGACUUCUACAAUCUGAAGGUGGAAAACUUCACCGUGACGUUCUCGGAUGGCCGCGUCCUCUGCUACCUUAUCCACCACUACCACCCCGGUCUCCUGCCAGCGAGGGCCGUCAGUCACAGCACCACCCAGACUGUCGAGUGCUCGCCGAGGGGUCGCCUGGAGCUCGACUGCUCAACCAGCGACUCCGACAACUCCUUUGACUCCUUGUCGUCGGGCCUGAACGGCCCAGAGUCUCCGUCGGUGGAAUUUAAAGAGCUACUGGAGAAUGAGAAAAACAACUUUGGACUGGUCAACGCCGCUGUGUCUUUCCUGGGCGGCGUUCCUGCCAUGAUCAACCCAGCUGACAUGUCCAACACCAUCCCCAAUGAGAAGGUGGUGAUGUCAUACCUCUCCUUCCUGUGUGUUCGUCUUCUGGAUCUGCGGAACGAAAGCAGAGCAGCUCGGGUCAUACAGGGCGCCUGGAGGAAAUUUAGAUUAAAGAAACAUCUAGAGCUCUACAAGGAAAGAAACAUGGCUGCCAUGAAAAUCCAGUUAGCUGUGAGGAGUUUUCUCCAGAAGCGCAGAGCUAAGAGGCAGAAUCACGCUGCCGUUAUCAUCCAAUCAGUCUGGAGGGGUUUCUUAUCCCGCAACAGGCUGAGGCUAAAGCAACAGGCUCAACUUCAGGCUCUGCAGCACGAAGCAGCAACUGUCAUCCAGGCUCAAUGGAGGAUGUUUUCGACCGCGAGGGCUUACCAACGCCUCAGAUACUACGCCAUUGUUGUCCAAGCACAAUGGCGAAUGAGGCGGGCGGCCGCUGCUUAUGGAAGAAUUCACUGGGCGGUGACGGUCAUUCAGAAGCACUCGCGAGCAUGGGCUUUGGCGAAAAGAGAUCGGGAACAUUAUCUCUCCCUGAGAGCUGCAGUGGUGAAAAUACAGGGAGGGUACAGAAGGUGGAAAACCCAGAAAACAGAAAAGGAAAACCGUGCUGCCAAAGUGAUACAAGCUGCGUUUAAGAAAUGGUUUGAGGAAAAGAUGUCUGCAAGAACUGCUGCUGCUGUAAAGAUUCAGUCUUGGUGUAGAAUGCAGGUGUGUCUCCAUCAAUACAGAAAGGUCAAGAGAAGCACUGUGCUCAUUCAGGCCCAGUGCAGAGGUCACGCACAGAGGCGCCGCUUUCAGUUGUUGAAGCUGCAGCACCACUCGGCCAUUGUCCUUCAGAGUGCCUUCAGGGGGCAAACUGUCAGAAAACAGGUGGCGAAGAUGAGAUGCGCUGCGGUCACAAUCCAGCGCUGGUUCAGGGCCUCCGUGGAAAGAGACAUGCAAAGGCAAAUGUUUGCGCGGAUGAAAUGUGCUGCCGUUACCAUACAGGCAGCUUAUCGCAGAAAAGUUGCUCGGGAGUCGCUGAAAAAACAGCACAAGUCGGCAACGGUAAUCCAGGCAGCUUUCAGGAUGUAUGCUGCCCAACGGCACUACCAUGCCGUGAGAAAAGCCGCAGCUGUGAUUCAGCGAAAGUACAGAGCCUCAGUUUUGGCUCUCCAGACGAAGAAGGAUUACGACGCUCUGAGAAAUGCUGCACUUGUCAUACAAGCGAACUGGAGAGGCAGAGCUGACAGGAGGACGAUGGAGAAGCGGCAUCGGUGCGCAACACUGAUCCAGGCUUACUACCGAGGCCGCACAGCACAAGCGGAGUACAGAUCCAAGAAGGCCUGCGUCAUGGUCGUGCAGCGUCGCUAUAGAGCUUGCGUGGUUGGAAAGGAGACGAGGAAAGCGUACCUGCGCAUGAGAGCAGCCUGUGUCACACUCCAAGCUGGAUUCAGAGGCGUGAGGGUUAGGACGGAGCUGAAGAAAAGUCACUGGGCAGCGACUGUCAUUCAGUCUUCAGUUAGGAUGUUUUUAUGUAGGAAACAAUAUUUCCUCCUACAAAGUGCAGCGAUUGUCAUCCAGAGCCGAUACAGAGCUCUUCUGGUCUGCAGGGCACAGCAGAAAGAAUACCGUGCGCUAAAGCAGGCCACCGUAGAAAUACAAGCGGCGUACCGUGGAUUUAGGGUGAGACAGGUUCUAAAGAAGAGACACAAUGCAGCCACAGCAAUCCAAGCUCAGUUCAGGAUGCACAGAAUGCAUAUGGCUUACCUCGCCACUAAGUGUGCUGCCCUCAUUAUUCAGGAACGCUACAGGGCCAAAAUGCUCAUGAAUCAACAGAUGCAGAAGUACAGGACAAUGCAAUCUGCAGCUGUAUUCAUCCAGGCAGCAUAUCGGGGCCACAGGGCAAGGAGCAGGAUUUUCGAGAUGCACCGAGCAGCCACAGUCAUUCAGAGAAGGUUUCUCACUAUUAGGGAUAGAAAUGGGUUCCUAGCUCUCAAGGCAGCAGGUUUGGUUUGUCAGCAGAGGUACAGAGCAUUGACUCUGGCAAGAAAAGAGCGUUUGGACUAUCUGUCAAAGCGCACAGCAGUCAUUUGUCUGCAGGCAGCCUACAGAGGAUGCGAGGCCAGAAAGCAGUUGCGUAUGCAGCAUGCGGCAGCUGUAACGAUUCAGUCUCACUUCCGAAAGCACCGGCAGAGAACCUACUACAAGACUCUCUACUGGGCUGCCAAUGUUUUGCAAACACGUUGCAGAGCCAACAAGAAAAUGAGAGAAGAGACGCGAGCCCUGAGUGCUAAGAGAAAUGCUGCUGUUAUCUUACAAGCUGCCUUCCGAGGAAUGAAAUCCAGACGACUCUUCAAACAAAGACAUCAGGCUGCCAGCGUUAUCCAGAGAGCUUACAGAGCACACUGUGAACACCAGCAGUAUCUGACCUUAAAGUCCUCCGUCCUCACCAUUCAGAGGAGGUAUCGGGCCACCGCAGCAGCAACGGUACAACUGCAAAAAUACCAAACAAUGCGCAGUGCUGCUAUUGUCCUUCAGGCAUCAUACAGAGGUCAGCAGGUCAGAAAGCAGGUUGCUCGCUGGCAUCAGGCUGCCACUGUGAUCCAGUCUGCAUUCAGAAAGCACAGAGAGGAAGUCAAAUUCCAGGCCAUGCGUCUGUCCGCCAUCAUCCUCCAGAGAUACUAUCGUGCCUGUAUUCUUCAGAGGCAGGAAAGGGAAAAGUUCCUGAAAAUUAAGCAAUCUACCGUCACCCUUCAGGCAGCGGUUAGAGGCUGGUCUGUCAGGAGGGACAUGCGCCGACAAAAUCAAGCUGCAAUUGUGAUCCAGUCGUGCUGGAGAUGCUCAGUGCAAAGGCGUAUCUUCCGAAGGACGCGUGAGGCAGCUAUGAAAAUUCAGCGGAGGGUCCGGGCCGUGCAGCUUGGCACGUUGGAGAGGAACAACUAUACCCGGAUGAGGAAAGCUGCCAUGACACUUCAGAAACACUGCCGAGCCUGGAUUGCAAGACGACAGGUACAAGAGAGAGCCAAGGCAGAGAGGAGGCUCCGUUUUACGUCUGCGGUCUUCUACCAUCUAAGGGCCAUAAAGGUCCAACGAGCUCUGAGAGCCCGCUGGGCUUUGGAGUCUGCCAAAAGACAAAUCCAUUCUGUCAUCACCGUACAGCGAUGGGUAAGAUCGAGGCAGCAGAGGAGACGGUAUCUGGAGGACAGGAGGAAGGUGCUUAUAGCCCAGAGAGCGGUGAAGUGCUGGUUAGGUCGUCGCCACAAGGCGGCCUCAGCCAUCCAGCAGGCCGUCCGCAAGUUCCUCCUUCGGAGACGCCAGGAGAGAGUUCAACAAGGCAUUGUUAAAGCUCAGGCUCUGUGGAGAGGACACCGCUCCCGCCGACAGAAUGACGAUGCCAAGUUGGUCAAAUUAAGACACCGCUUUCGCAAAGUCUCCGCCGGCGUCCGAGAGGAGGACAAACUGUGCAACAAGACGUCGUCCGCCCUGGACUACCUCCUUCGAUACAAACACUUCUCCUAUAUUCUAGAGGCCCUGAGAAACCUCGAGACGGCCACCAGACUGUCCCCAGAGUGCUGUGAGCGGCUGGUUGAGAGCGGAGCCACCAACGUCAUCGUCACACUCAUCCGCUGCUGCAACAGGAGCGUCCCUUGCAUGGACGUCAUCACCUACUCCAUCCAGAUCCUCCUCAACCUCUCCAAGUACCACAAGACCAUCGAGGCAGUGUAUUCGGUGGAAAACUUUGUGGAGACACUGCUGGACCUGCUGCAGAGAUACAGGGAGAAGGCAGGGGAUAAAGUAGCAGAAAAGGGCGGCGGCAUCUUCACCAAGGCCUGCUUCCUUCUCGCUCUCGUCCUUCAAGACAAGCACCGUGCUGGGGAGGUUAUGAAGCUACCCAAGGUAUUGGAUAGAUUACGCAGUAUUUACCGUCUCACUGCUCGCAAACACAAGAUGGACGCUGAAAGAACUGUUAUGAAACAGAAAAUGAACGCAACGAUGAACGGAAGCUUCUUUGUUCAAGCAACACCUCGUAAAUCCCGCCCUGUGCCAAAAUUUGCACCGGAUUGGGUUCUGAGAAAGGACAAGCUCAAAGAUAUCGUAGACCCUCUCAGGGCCAUUGAGAUGGUGGCAAACACACUCUGCAUUGUGUUGUAAAUAGAAAAGCUUUUAAUUCAUGAUUUGUUGUCAUUUUUUACUUUAAAAAAUAUUUUGUAUAGUUUCAUUUUCUCUUUGUACAUUUCCAUGUUUUGGAUGUAUAUAUUAAAAUGGAUUUGUUUCUAAAA